GGAGGAGCGGCAGCGAGCCCGGGAGACGGCGCUCCCGGCCGCACCUGCACCCGGCGGCCGGCCGGCCCUGCCCUGCCCUUGCCCGCAGCCUCGGCCGCGCACCGGUAGGUGCCCCGAGGCCGGCGGAGAGGCCUUUUCGCCGCCCGCGGAGGUGGCCGCGCGGGGCGGGCAGCGCCGAGUGCGGCGGGGCCCGAGGAUGGUGCGGUGAUGGGGACCGCCGGGCUGCCGGGCUGGGGGUGCUGCUGGGUCCCUCUUCCUCUUUGCUUUCGGUUUCGAAGCGGCUGCCCCGGCUGGAGAGCGAGCCGCAGAUUAGAAGGAGGAGCAGCUCCUUCCUCAUUCACUUAACUGACAUAAGCAAGCGGAUUCUUGCAAAAACUUCUCUGCUUUACUUGGACACAGUGGGGCAUAAAAAGCAGGCUCAUGCCCUCUUGGUAUCGUUAAGGAGCCUACGAUAGAGUCGGGAUACCAAACUUGGACCCACUGAAAGGGACACAUGGAAGCCUCCAGCCUACCAGCCAAGGAUCAGCUGAGCCCUGGGGCUGAUGCUUGCCUACACUGCUGAGAAUGGCACCAAGGCCCAGCCAGGCACCAGGACAAAGGUUAACCCGGGACACUCCUGGACAGUGAUCCUGAUGUCUGUUCUGAGCCGUGCACUUAAAGGUCUGACAAGAUGGUUGUGUCUGUCACCAGGAGAAAGAGAGGCCAACGUCCAGUGAGCUGCUGGUUCUUCCUGAUGCAGGCCUUCGCAGGGCUUUGGUCCCAGUGCUGAGCCAGGAGUCAGGACUUCCAGCUUCCCUGUUUGUCUCGUGUGGAGUAGGAGUGUUCUUCUGGCACAAUCCCUCGGACGUGGCCUGACCUUGCCUAGUGAUAGCUGAAUUGGAAAGGAAAAGGCAAGAUGGGAGACCAGCUGGCAGAUGAUUGGGGGCAUCCAGCAGCCAGCCCCACUCGGCAGCAUGGCAUCCUCGGCCGAGCCUCUGACGGCGCUGUCCCGCUGGUACCUGUAUGCCAUCCACGGCUACUUCUGUGAGGUGAUGUUCACGGCGGCCUGGGAGUUCGUGGUGAACUUUAACUGGAAGUUCCCGGGGGUCACGAGCGUGUGGGCGCUCUUCAUCUACGGCACGUCCAUUCUCAUCGUGGAGCGCAUGUACCUGCGCCUGCGCGGCCGCUGCCCGCUGCUGCUGCGCUGCCUCAUCUACACGCUCUGGACCUACCUGUGGGAGUUCACCACCGGCUUCAUCCUGCGCCAGUUCAACGCCUGCCCCUGGGACUAUUCCCAGUUCGACUUUGACUUCAUGGGCCUCAUCACCCUGGAGUACGCCGUGCCCUGGUUCUGCGGGGCCCUCAUCGUGGAGCAGUUCAUCAUCCGCAACACCCUCCGCCUCCGCUUUGACAAGGACGCCGAGCCCGGGGAGCCCGGGGGCGCCCUGGCCCUGGCCAACGGCCACGUCAAGACAGACUGAACGGGGCUGGUGUUGGGGGGCGGGGGGCGCUCACGGACCGGGUGGACGGAGGUUCCCAGCUGGCGGGGUUACAUCUUCCGAGCAGCACAAGCCCUGGCCCGGGGACCGGCCCCCUCCCCGCGGCGCCCUCCGCUGGGGGGCGGGGCGGGGGCGGGGCCAGCGGCGGGGCGGGCGGAGGUAGCCGAGCGACUCCGGGAAGCCCCGCCCAGCUCAGAGGCUGGCGGCCUCGGCCUGUGGCUGAGCAGCCUGGACGCCCCCCGCCACCCCCCCCCCCCCCCGGGUGACUUUGGAAGCAGCAGGCCCUGUCCUGGCUAAGAGGCUCAGAGAACUGGGCAGAAGGUGGGAGGCAAGGCCCGAGGCUUUGGGCUGCUGCGUGGCCUCCUCCCUCUCACCUGGUUUCCUUGGGCUUGGGCUGGUUCCAUUAGGCAAUAUUCAGGUGCUUGCUUGCAACCAAUACCUCCCCCGGGGACCUGCUGAGCUGCAGCCUAAGGAGAGACUGGGCAGCCAGGAAGGAGGCUGCUUGGCGGCAGUGCUGGUGUGCAAGGGCUGGAGGCCUUCCCUUGGCUCCCCUCCCCUCCCCCAGGGCUCCGCUGCUCCCUUGGCCUUCUGGGGGCCCCCCCCUGGUGCUGGAUUCCCACCAACCUUGGGCUUUUGGAGGUCUCAAUCCCUGUGUGUUCGGUGGCGUUUCCCCCUUUCCUCUCUUAUUCUCAAGGCCUUUACCACUAGCAGCCCUUUUUCCGUGUCAGUCACCAUGCCGGCCCUGUUCCCCAGCUCCCUGGCCAACACAGCAGCUGCCAGAGAUAGAUCCCUGAGAGGGACCCUGCCCACCCUCUUGCCGUCUUCCCUCCGAUGACUGGGAAGUUCGCUUUUACACCUCCCCACCUGUCUGGUGGGCUGUGGCAGCGCCCCCUGCUCCCUGCACCCCCUUCUCGCAGUGGCCCAGCUAAAACUGAAGAAUACCCUUCCCAACACACAGGCCAAGAUGGGCCUCCCCAGACCCACAGUGGGACCUAGAGACAAAUCAGUUUAGGGGAGCUGGGGGGUGGGAGGGGAGAAAGCAUAUGGUUUCUUUUCAAGCCAGUUGGAGUCAACAGAGCUUUCUAGAGGAAGAAGAAGCGGGUAUCCAGUGUUGGAGACCCAUGGAGAAUAAGGGAAGGAGAAAAGAAGACAGCCUUUGAGCUUUGGGAAGGUCUUUGGAGCAUCAUUAGUGGGAAGGAGUCAGCUAGUUGGUCCGUAGCUCCAGCCCUGCAGCAAAACCUCUUCAGGGCGACCCCUGUCCCACCCCUCCCAGCAAGGCUGACCCUUUGAGCUUACUCCUUAAACAGUAUUGACCCUGCCAUGCUCAUGGGCAUUGUAACCUUGGUUGCCCCCACCUGUCCUCUGGGACAAGUCCAUUGCUGGCAGUGGACAGGUGAAAUCCUCACUCCAGCCCACUUCUGGCUUUGUCCCCACUCCCUGAGGGAGAGGUCCAUCAGAAUGCAAUGUAUGCCAUGGUACAUGGUCUCUUCUUGACCACACUAGGACUCUUAGAAUUAGCCUUUCCCUUUUUAUAGAUCAUUAAAAAAUGAUAAUACCACCUGUGGAGAGAAUCUCCUCUUCCUUGCUCUCCUGCUUCGCCUAGACUGUGUACAUAGCACCAGCCAGGGUGUGAGCCAGGGCUGGUGGGCUGGGGAUGGGCAGGAGUGGUAUCCUGGGAUUGGGAGAGAGGCUGGGAGACUCUGCCUUUGACAUGGUUGUGUUGUGCAGCUGGCCUGUCUGGGACAGGGUGAAGGGCAUUUCCCAGCCUCUGUUUCCUGGCCAGGCUCUUUAAAUCCAGGCAUGAACUACAUUCUGCAGGGCCCAGACCUACCUUCGAAUUUACUGUGGCCCCAAUUCCAGGGCUUUGGGGCAUCCAGGGAUUCAGGUUUCCAUCUACAAGUAGAAGGGAUUCCAGAGGGAAAAAUCUUGUCUGGAUUCCCUGUCCCCUCUAGGAAAUUAUUUCCUUGGAUCUGUCCCCUAACUCUGUGGUAUCUCAGUCAUCUGGACCCCCAACACCCUUCCAGGCCCCUCAUGGGGGCCCCCAGACCACACUACCCACCUUUGCCCUCCUCUACCAUGACCGAAUCUGUGGUCAGCUUGUUUGAUGUCUGCCAGCACAGGGCCUCCGUGAUCUCAGACAGAGCAAGCCCUCAUAUGGCCCAUCAGGUCUGGCUACUCCAGAUGUUGCCCCGUGGGCAUUACCUGGCACCAUCUUUUCUCUGGGCCCUACAAACUCUCAAGUACAGGAGGUUCCAAAGUAAACCUGACUGCCUGAUAGGUGCAGAGCAUUGUCUAUCUGCUUCAUCCAGGUACCCCAUGGCUCUUGCUGUCCCUCAUAGGGCACAGAGUCCCUAGCAGAGGGAGGCAACCAUCCAGGUCUUGAGCUCAGGGUCUGCAAGCUCAUAAUCCACCAGAGGUAGCCCAGACUUCAACUCUAGCUUUUCGGGGUAUCUUCAGGGCCGUCAUCCCCUAGUGCUCAGGCACCCCAGCUCUGCCAAGCCGUGGGGGUGCUGGCGGGAAGAGUCUGCUUACUGUUUGUGAACCUCCAGUGUCCUGGGUCUCUCUCCACUGGACAUGGCAGCAUUUCUGAGUGACAGAUUGCCACGUGCUGCCCUGCAUGGUUGAAAUGCUUCUGAUGUCUGCUAGGCAUCCUGUACCUUGUGCCCUGUCCCCUCUGUUGCCAGUAAGUCACAAUGGCCUUUGCUUAUCUACAGCAAUAAUACAUAGAGAGUGCCCAUGAAAUCCCCUUGUCUUAGUCCCUCACUCUCUGCAUGGGUCUCCUUGGGGAGGUAGUGCCGAGUGGGUCAGUUCCUGAGAACCUGCAUAUAUGAAGCUCUGGGCUGUGUAGACAUCAUCAGGGGCGGGGGGCAUGCAGAAAGCAGAGAGGUCUGGCCCACCAGCUAUGGCUAAGGCGGGGAGAGUACCUUCCACCUUGAGGCUACCACAGACCCAGAGCUGCUGCAAGUCCCGGCUCUCCCACUUUAAAGUGGUGGUGGUGGGGGGCUGUCUCCCAACUUCAGCAGCUCUUCAGGACACAGGACUGGUUUGUGCACCCAUUGCCUGCUCUGUCUCCAUUGGUCUCUUUGUCUCUUCCUUUUCGCCUUCGUGCACAUCAAAUAUACUGGUGUUUGUGUUCCAGGA